AUCUCUGUCAGUGCGCGAAGCGAUUCACCUACACCCUCCUGGCUGGCCCAGAAACACCAGAAUAACUUGACAUAGUGUUAAAAAUACCCCGUAACAAGCCCUUACCAAAAGAAAGGGACAUUUUUAUAUGAGAUAUCAAUAACGAGUUGGCUCAGCCGGGAGUUGUUGGAGAUUUCACCGGAGCAUUUUCGGACCACCUCGAAGGAAACAGUGGGGAGACUUGUUGCUUCAACACGUUUGGCGGUGCCUUUUUUCAAUCGCCAUCGAAGUUUUGUGUCUCUCCCUAGUCUGCUCCAGGCUUCAGCUUGGAGAGCCCAACCGCCACGAUUGAUCCCAGCAGCUGGAGCGGCAGCGAGAGCCCUGCCGAGGACAUGGAGAGGAUGAGCGACUCGGCAGACAAGCCCGUAGACAAUGAUGCUGAGGGGGUGUGGAGCCCUGAUAUUGAACAGAGCUUCCAGGAGGCCCUGGCCAUCUAUCCUCCUUGUGGACGCAGGAAGAUCAUCCUCUCUGAUGAGGGAAAGAUGUAUGGUCGGAAUGAGCUGAUAGCCAGAUACAUCAAGCUUCGGACUGGGAAGACGAGGACUCGGAAGCAGGUGUCUAGUCACAUACAGGUCUUAGCAAGAAAGAAAGUUCGAGAAAUCCAAGCUGCCAUUAAGGUACGUCUGGCUUUGCCCAGUUGCAGGGGGCUUUUCAUUGCCAUGGUUACAGGCUCUUCCUUUGUUUUCCUCCCCUCCCCUACCCCGCAGGUGUCUAGUCACAUUCAGGUUCUUGCCAGAAGGAAAUCUCGUGAGUUUCAUUCCAAGCUAAAGGUUACAAGUAUGGACCAAGCAGUGAAGGACAAAGCGCUCCAGAGCAUGGCCUCCAUGUCCUCGGCUCAGAUCGUCUCUGCCACGGCUAUUCACAACAAGCUCGGGCUGCCAGGCAUCCCGCGCCCAGCCUUCCCUGGAGCAGGGUUAUGGCAGGGUAUGAUAUCGACUGGUCAGCCAGGAUCCUCACAAGAUAUAAAGCCUUUCACCCAGCAAGCCUAUCCCAUCCAGCCAGCAGUCACAACAGCCAUUUCAAGUUACGAGCCCACAGCAGCUCCAGCUCCCACGGCACCAGCAUGGCAGGGCCGUUCCAUCGGUACAUCCAAACUCCGAUUGGUGGAGUUCUCCGCCUUCCUAGAGCAACAGAGGGACCCAGACUCAUACAACAAGCACCUAUUUGUACAUAUCGGACAGACAAAUCAUUCCUACAGUGAUGCCCUGCUGGAGUCGGUGGACAUUCGUCAGAUUUAUGACAAAUUCCCAGAGAAGAAAGGAGGGCUGAAGGAGCUGUAUGGAAAAGGUCCCCAGAAUUCCUUCUUCCUUAUAAAAUUCUGGGCUGACUUGAACUGCAACAUUCAGGAUGAUACUGGAUCUUUCUAUGGAGUCACUAGUCAGUAUGAGAGCUCAGAGAACAUGACCAUCACGUGUUCAACGAAGGUCUGCUCCUUUGGGAAGCAAGUGGUCGAGAAAGUUGAGACUGAAUAUGCACGGUUUGAGAAUGGACGCUUUGUCUACCGGAUAAGCCGGUCUCCCAUGUGUGAAUACAUGAUCAACUUCAUCCAUAAGCUAAAACAUCUGCCAGAGAAAUAUAUGAUGAACAGUGUGCUGGAGAACUUCACGAUCUUAUUGGUGGUGACGAAUAGGGACACCCAGGAGACACUGCUAUGUAUGGCGUGUGUGUUUGAAGUGUCAAACAGUGAGCACGGCGCCCAGCAUCAUAUCUACAGACUGGUAAAAGAAUGAGAGGCUCUGAGCCCCCCACCCCAUCCCCCAAGCCCUUUCUUUCCAUAGACUUUCCAACCUCAAAACAAGUGGCAGUGCCUCUACCUGAAAGUCACACCCACAAUGCUUUUUGGUCAUGGUAUCGGGUGAAGUCAGUUGCUCUAAAUUUGUUUUAAUAUAAAGUGUCUGUUAUUUGACUGCAGCUGUUGAUUGCGGUACUGUUGUUUUAUGUUUAAAUAUGGGAAAUCUUGUUUAAAACAUGUUGAGUUGGUCUUCGUUGGGUAUAAAUGUGGCCGUUCUUAAGGAAUUUACUAGAUUCAUUUGGUAAAUGGAAAUGUGUGUGUUGUCUGUUUCUGCUUUGUCAUGUUGACUAAGAAAAAAAAAGGAUGCUGGCCUUUUUUUAUCAGCAGCCUGGUGUGGUCUGUGUAAUCUGUUUGAGUGUGUUUUGUAUGUCUGUAGUUCAUAAUUUUGUGAGCAUACAUAGUCGAUAUACAGACAUGCACCCACAGCCAAUAGAUUUUCCAAAGAAACAAAACUAACACAACACUACAAAGACAGUAGUUGGACGUAAGUGGUCGUGAGUAUUGCAAAAUUACUAUUUCUUUAAAAACAACUCAGCUUUCAGUAGUAUAUUUAUCCCUGUUGAAGCACUCCAAGUCUUAGACACUAACAGAAUGAAUGCACUGUGAAAAUACUGCAGACAUUUUGCAUCUGCUCCAUAAAUUUCGAUAGUCUUACCACCUGUGAAGCAUUUCUGUGCUGCCAACGAGUCUUUUCUCUGUGACAACUGAUAGGAGAAUAAUUAGGCUUUCGACAGGUGACAGUAGCUUAAAAUGACUCAUCUUUUCCAAAAGCAGUUUGUUCCCCUUCCUGAGCUUGCCUUAGUGAUGCUUACUUGUUUCUCCUGGUAGAUCUGUGGUUUUAGAACAACAGUUUAAAUAGUCAUAACACUACACCACUUGCAGACCGCAGGCUUUGGUCAGCAUGCUGUGGCUUUGCCCCCCUGGACGACUCAGAAUAUCUUUCCCUCUGGGAUCACCGUGCGAUAACUCCAAGCCAGAGUGUUGCUGCCUUCACACCAUGUUCACAUGUUUCUGUGGCCUACACUGAUCCCCAGCCUUAAACAUGUUCCAGCUGUGUGAACUCCCAAAAGAUGCCACUAAAACUGUGAUCUCUACGCCGGAAGACUAUUUAUACAUUUGCAGUGUGUAAGAAAUUCACAAUCUUAUCUGCCAAAGUGUAGAUGUACAGUGCCUUAGAAUAUACUCUAACAUUACCCUUUGCUUUGUUUUAAGUCUAAAAUCAGUUCUGUGGAUGAAACAGGCAAAAAUGACUCACCGGUAUAUUACUUGGUACAUCUCCACAUCUGGGAAAUCAUGUUUCUUAUAAUUGGUACACUCGUAGAAAUACAGGUUUUAUUGUUGUUGUUAAGUGGCAGUACACUUCUGUUAAGUUCUAACAACAGUACCAGUUAUAAAACAGGUUUUAUUUUUAUCUGCCUAUUUCAAAGAGUGUACUCUAAACAGAAUGACUGCCUUUCCUGUUGUAAAAGACCAAAAAUACAGAGAUUCAGUCAAUCUUUUGUCAUGUCCUGCAUGGUAGCAAGGAAGUGCCUUUGGUUUAAAAUUUCCAGCUUCAAAAAGAUAAACAGAAAUUAAGAAUUAAAUGUUGCUAGACCAAAAAUGAGACGCAAGUGAAACCAAUCACCACAUUGCCUUUUCAAAGGAUUGUAAUGACAGCAGGGGAAAGCUGGUUACUGGUAAAAUAAAUAAAUGCUAUAUUCACUUUUCUUACGUUACAAAUUGAUUUCACAAACAAUGUAUUUGAAGAAAACCUACUUCUUUGCUCGAGGUCAAAGACCUGUUGAUAACGUUACAGCCGCUGACUGCAUGCAGGAUGUCACCUCGUAGAAACACUGCAGCUGUCCGCUUCGUGCACACUUGCAGGUUCAAGUGUUUUUAAAAAUACAGGUUUUUCUGAGACAUCAUGGUUUCCUCUUUCCCACGACCACACGCUCGCAUGAUGUGAAAACCACAGAAAACAUCACACUACCACAGUGUUACCGUCAGUGACGCAGACACAGCUGUGAUGUCGACGAGGCAGGGACCGACAAGCUUUUAUCAUUUAUCAUCUUUCAGAGGGAAAGUGAAAGUUUAUUUAAUAGUAAUUCUAACCCUUCAAACUGGUUUAAUAUGGUUAAAUCUGAAUUUCUUUCCAAAACCUGUUUGAGAUGCUGUUUCAGAAACUAAUUUUUCACAACUGCUAAAGUAGACGAGGCCGUCGAGGUUAAUACUUUUCACUGUAAGGACCAUAGCUACUCGAACAUUUACUGUUUUUUUUACAAAAAAUUAUAAUCAUUGAAAGUAUUUUAACUGAAGAAGCUCUAAAUAAUUGCAGACAAUGUCUCUGGUGGAUGCAGAUAAAGUUCAGUCGUUCAGUAUUUUGCCACAGUCCUGUGGACACUGUGGAGUUUUAAUAGGCUUUUUCUUAUGUUUACCCUGUGUAUCUGUUCACAUUUAUUGAUUAUGUAGAUGUUCCUGUUUUCUUAUUGUACUUGUAUACAGUUGUACUUGGUUUUGUGAUGACAUUGUCUGUAUAUUGCAAGCCCAACAAGACGGUAAUGAUGUUGCUGCUGCACUGCUGGUACAUUUUGACAUGUCGUUUCAACACUAAAACAGCAGGCCUGAUGCCUUCGAUGGCACGAAUGUCUGGUGGACCAUUUGAGGAAAAAAUGGAUGCGUUAAAAAAAAUAUAUAUAUAAAAAAAAAUCAUUUGAGUUGAGGAAUCAUGAUACAAACAUAUCAGCAGUUUAGCUCUUGUUAUUUGUAAUUCUGUCGAAGAGUAGGUACUGGUACCUUUUGUUUUAUGACCAUUUUCAGAUGGUGGCUUUAAAGUGAUUUUUUCACAUUGCUCACGUAUAGUUAUCAUACACACAUUUGGGUUUUGUGUGCCGACUUGUUUUUGUAAAAAGGUGCUUUGUACAAAAUUCUAUCUUAGCUUUUCUUGGUACAGAUGUGUGAUAUCUUUUCGUAUCCAUGACAGUAAAAAGUGUUGGAGCAAAGGAGAGAAAAGAAGCUCUGCGAUGUUUCUGUGUUCUGCAUAUGGUCUUGUCUUUGCUCCGUAACAUUAUGAUGCCUUCUUGAUAAUAGUAGAUAUUUUGUAGCUUUCUAGAUACUUUGUUUGUAUGCAAUAUUGAAGUUAAAUAAAUCUGAAUUUAUU